AAGAUCAUCGAGAUGCCCGAACUGAGAAGUUGACAUUGUACACUCACUCACCUCCCUUUGAUUAAUUGGGCUUGAACGAACAGUCCUAAUGAGGGACUCUCCUCAUGGAAGACAAUGUCGAGAAAUCCUCAACCGAUAGAAUCGCUCUUGCUUCCUCUGAAGCCUGAGUCACUACAAUGCAUCCAUCGAUUCAUGGAAUAUGAGCGAGUCAAAGAGACACGUCGUUUCCCAAAGAAUCGAACGGCAGCAGUGGCCAUUAUCCUGUUCAUUGGGAGGUUAGGGGAUCUCUACGUCUUGCUCUCGACCCGGGCCGAGGCGAUGAGGACUUUUGCAAAGGAUACGGCGCUUCCCGGUGGUAAGUACGAACCUGGAGAUAAGGACGAAGAAGCCACAGCGCGCCGCGAGGCGUUCGAGGAGAUCGGCCUGCCUAUAGGUUACGAGCGAGUAAGGUGUCUCUGCUUGUUGGAUCCAUUUCUUACCGGCAUAGGACUCAUCGUCACGCCUGUCGUUCUCCUAGUGACGGAUAACGCCAUCAACCCCGUUUUGAACCCUUCAGAAGUAUCCUACUUGUUCUCCAUGCCUCUAUCUGCGUUUCUUCAUGAUCAUCCAUCUCGCAUACCCGGUUGGCACUUUGGCAUCUCUUCCAGAGUGGAUCCAGGCCCGUUUUACUCACCUCCACCGAUCGUCGAGUACGCAGACGAUGCUGGCGAAGUCGGAGGCAAAGAAGGCAGAUACUAUGGUUAUCGUGAUGUCAGAUGGGGUCCAGGAAUCGUCAGAAUGCACAGAUUCUUGACAGGUCGAGAGGCCGAUGGCAUCAAGCCAGUGUUCGGACUCACAUCUGCCAUUCUCAUUCGAGCCGCUAUGAUCGGAUACGAUACCCAGCCUGCGUUCAAAGUCCAUGCACCAGGUCAAGCGAGUAUGCUCGAGAGGAUAGAGUGGGAGAUCAGGAAUGGAACGGGACCUUUACGACAGGCUGUACUUGACGAUGGGUUGAUGGAUGAUUGGGCGAUCAGAUCCAAGCUAUAAUGAUGCAUCUACAGGCUACAUGUGUAAUGAUAAAGAUGUA